CUCACUAGACAUUUUAGAACGUUCUAUAGCAAUUAGAGAGGGCAUUUUCGUCUAAAUAAUUGAUAUACCAAACACAAAUUUAAAUUAAUUACCUACUAUUAACAAAGAGCUGAGUUUAGUGGAGUAACCUCAAACCAGAUUCAAGAAAAAUGAAUGGUUCCAGCUGAUGUUCUUUUUUAUCUUUACUUCAACAUUAACCUCGCGGGCGACAUUUUCUUUCAACCUUGAUCAAAUUUAAUUUGUUUACACCGUCGAUUGUCAACCUUACAUUAAAGUUUGUGGUGAAAUUAAUUAACCAACUAAACAAGAUUGUGAAUCUGUGGAAAAUAUUAAUUAGGAAAUUACAAUCUAUAACUAAUUGACUGGUUUAUUCAUUGAAAUUGAUCCAUUGUUAGUUUUUCUUGUGAACCUCAGUUGACUGCUAAUUGUGACAACUUAUUAAUUGGUCAAUAUCGGAAAUUAUAAUGUCUAAAGAUGAAUGCAAAAGGCCUUCAGAAGAUAGUGAAACAACAGUGAAAAAAAUGAAAACCAAGAAUGAGCCUAACAAAGAUGAUGGAAAAACAAGACCAAGAGAGGAAGACAAUGAUCAAAACUGUGUUCAAGCCAAAAAGAUUAAAUUAGAGAAAAUUGUCGAUGAAUGGAACUUAGGAAUGGGCUACACACCGCGAAGAAUAUCCAAGCUAAAUAUCCAAAAACAAGAAUUCUUUGAUUACAUCAGCACACAUAAAGCUUUAUCCACAACCAAUUUACUCGAUAUCCGUGGCUAUGGGAAUCUUACAAGGAAAUAAUACUCAUUGAAAGCAAUACAACCCUUCCUAAAUUUACUACUAUUUUUUGUAUUUAUGUUAUGUGAUGAGAGCUCAUCUGUACUUGCUUAACUCUCAAACCAUUCUUGACUCUAACUAUCAAGAUGUUUACUAGAUUUAUCGGAUUUCAGAGAGACAGAUUUCCAACGCAAUACAAGGGACCUGAUGUUUUUUCUCGAACUCUAAUCAAGUCAAAGUCAAAAGUCUUCCUUUUUUCAAGUUUCUUCGAUUUUUGUUAAUAAUCGAAGCGAUUAUUUUAAAUGGAACAAAGUUUUAUACUGUUGUUGUGAGUUUGCUAUAAUGUGAUAUCAAUUUGAUAAAGUAAACUAGAUAAAGUCUGUUAAAUUCACAAAGCUCUGGACUUCUGUGACAUUUUAAUCGAAAACAAUAAAGUUUAGAUUCCUUAAACGUAAGAGACAAUGAAAUCAUGAAAUGUAUAUGAAUUGAACGAGCUUUUAGCUGAUUUCCUAUCAUUCUCUGUGUCCAUUAAAAUUAAGUUGGCUUGAGUCAAUCUUUACAAGUGAA